AUGUCGGACGGUUCUGACAUGGAGUUGCUAACAAAUUUGCCGAACAAAACGAAAAAACCGCCAAAAUCAAACAAAAGCGCGCCAGAAGUCAUUACACAAGGCACUCAAGAUCAAAAGAAGAUAAGUACAAAGGUUAUGAUACAUGAAGCGUUAAAUGAAUUGAAGAAUAGAAAAGGAACAUCACUAUACGCAAUCAAGAAAUAUAUAACGGAAAAAUAUAAUGUCGACACCGAAAAACUUGGUUACAUUAUCAAGAAAUUGAUCAAGACAGGAGUGGAAACGGGUACCAUCAUUCAGACGAAAGGUAUCGGUGCCAGCGGAUCCUUCAAGCUGGCAAUCGUGAAGAAAGCAGAAAAGAAACCGAAAAAGAAAAAGACGGUACCGAAAAACAAAAGCGACAAAGAAAAUCCCGAAGAAAAACCGAAAACUAAAAAGAAAUCGAUGGAAACGAAUAAGGAAGAAAAGAAAAAAGUUGCAACUGUUAAAAAGACCGAAACGACAAAAAAAGCUACGUCGAAAGAAGUUAAACAGACGAAAACACAAAAGAAGCCUGAAUCCAAGAUGGCGAAAGAGAUGAAAACUCCCGCCAAAAAGCGAGCGGCCAUGAUGAAAAGAAAAAGUAUAGGUUCGAUUAUAAAACCGCCAAAAAUGAAUCCGAAGAGUAAGAAAUGA